UUUCUCUUUUUCUUUUUUUCUCUCUCUUUUUUUCCUUCUUCUUUACUUUUACCCUCUCGUUUUUUUUCUUUUUUUUUGCCACCCAUCCCUUUCACUUUUUUCAAAAAAAAAAAAAUGAAAUUCCAGUCCAUUCUUUUAUUCAUUUGUUUGAUGAUCACUUUGAUUCAAGCAUUACCUUUACAAGAACGAUCCAUUUUUUCUGGUGACGGUACAUUUUAUACUGUAGGAUUAGGAUCUUGUGGAAAAACCAAUACGGAUUCAGAACUUGUUGUUGCUUUAAGUAGUUCAUUGAUGGCUAAAGGAAAGUAUUGUGGUAAAAAGAUCAAGAUCACUACACCUACUGGUACCGUCACUGCUACUGUGGUAGAUACUUGUCCUAGUUGUUCACCUUCCUCUGUGGAUUUAUCUCCUGCUGCUUUCAAAAAGAUUGGUAAAGUUGCUGCUGGUAGAAUCUCUAUCAAAUGGUCUUUCCUUUGAUCUCUUUUUUUUUUUUUUCCUUGUUGUAUUCCAUUGUUCAUUUUUUUUACACUUUUCUUCUUCCUUUUUUCUUUCAUGCCAUACUUCAUUCCACUCUCUCUUUCUCUUCUUUUUUUCCAAUCAACCCCUUGUCCCUCUUUCUUUUUUUUUUUAACUUUU